CGCGCGUGUGCCAUCGAUACGCUCGGGCGAACGACGAAACGGCAGAACGCGGCCGACGCGAUUGAAGGAAGCACAGAACUCCGCGGUGAAGGAGCGGAAGCGGACGAGAGAAAGAGGGAAGGAGAAAGAAGGAGUAAAGAGACGUUAAGAACCUGCUUGGUAUACAUUUCGAUAGUGGCAGUAACUGAAAUACGACAAUACGAUGCAGAGCAACGGAUCGGAGACUGUAGGAUCCGAGAAUGGAGUCGACAAGUCAGGAUGGACGGUUGGGUUAAUUAAUGGGAAGUUUAAGUAUCUAACGGCGGAGACGUUCGGUUUUAAAAUCAACGCUAAUGGAUCGAGCCUGAAGAAAAAACAACUAUGGACUCUAGAGGGCAGCGAGCAUCAGGUUUUCCUUCGUUCACACUUGGAUCGAUACCUAGCGGUCGACCAGUUUGGUAAUGUGACAUGCGAGAGCGAGGACUCGUCGGAUCCGGGAUGCGCUUUUCAAAUACAACUUGCUUCCGAUGGCAGCGGGCGAUGGGCUCUAAAGAACCUCCAGAGGGGCUACUUCUUAGGCUCGAGUCAAGAUGAAUUAAAGUGUACCGCUAAGGCUCCAGGCGAGGCGGAAUAUUGGCUUGUACAUCUUGCCGCUAGGCCGCAGGUGAAUCUUCGAUCGGCCGGAAGAAAACGUUUCGCACAUUUGAGCGCCACUCAGGAUGAAAUUCACGUGGAUGCGCCAGUACCGUGGGGUGAAGAUACCUUGUUUACUUUGGAAUUUCGUCCAACGACUGGUGACGACAAUAGUCACGGAAGUCAUUCUAAGUCCGAGGGUGGUCAUUAUGCGCUACAUACUUGUAAUAAUAAGUACCUCGCGCGUGAUGGCAAAUUGCUGGACUCUUGCACGCGAGACUGCCUCUACGCUGCGGAAUUUCACGCUGGUCUUCUCGCUCUUCGGGAUAUACAUGGUGCGUAUUUGGCACCGAUCGGAAGUAAAGCUGUUUUGAAAUCCAGAUCAACAACUGUUACGCGCGACGAACUCUUUUCAUUGGAAGAAUCCCUGCCGCAGGCAUCCUUCGUUGCAGCGUUGAAUCAGCGAUAUGUUUCUGUAAAGCAAGGCGUUGAUGUGACAGCCAAUCAGGACGAGAUCUCCGGCCACGAGACAUUCCAGUUGGAAUUCGACCGAGUGACGAAACGGUGGUAUGUACGAACAAUGCAGGACCGUUACUGGAGUCUGGAGGCAGGUGGGGGCAUACAGGCAUCAGAUCAUAAGCGCUCAUCGAAUGCGCUUUUCGAUCUAGCAUGGCAAUCAGAAGACGGCACGGUUGCGUUGCGUGCGAAUAAUGGCAAAUUCCUUGCCACCAAGCGAUCCGGCCAUCUCUACGCGAAUGCAGAGUUGAAUAGCAAUGACACUGAUGCCGCCAAGUACUAUUUCUACCUGAUGAAUCGGCCCGUGCUGGUAUUGCGAUGCGAGCAGGGCUUCGUCGGGCCCAAGAGUGCAGCCAGUCCAAAGCUUGAAUGUAAUAAGGCUGUUUAUGAAACGAUUCGUGUCGAACGAUGCGAGCGUGGCGAAGUCAGAUUUAAAGGACAAAAUGGUAAAUAUUGGCAUGCGGACAGCGAGGGAGUGACCGUGGAUUCAGAUAUGCCGUCUGACGGCUUUUAUUUAGAGCUGCGCGAACCGUCACGCAUCUGCAUCAAGUGCGUGGAUGGCCGAUAUCUCACCGCGGGCAAGAACGGCGCGUUGCGUUUAGGCGAGUCAGACUUUGAGUCCGCUACGAAAUGGGAGUUCUAAUGCGGAAGAUAAAACGUAAAUGCAAUAAAAUGCAUAUUCA